UCAUUUCCUCUCCUGUCUAGCAGGUGGCAGCAGCUCUUUAAUGCUGCAUCAGAAUGACUCAGAGGGAUGAUUAUAUGUUUGUGUGUCAAAGUCCAGCGGUGUGUGUUAGUGUGUGUUUUAGUGUGUGUGUCGGGACCAACAUGGAGGAGCAGAAGAAGAUUCUGUGUGUCGGCCUGGUGUGUCUUGACAUCAUCAACGUCGUCGACAAAUACCCUGAAGAAGACACUGACAGCAGGUGUCUGUCGCAGCGCUGGCAGCGAGGAGGAAACGCCUCCAACUCCUGCACGGUUCUGUCGCUGCUUGGGGCUCCCUGCGCCUUCAUGGGCUCGCUGUCCACCGGACCGGUGGCCGAUUUUAUUUUGGAGGAUUUUCAGAAGUCCUGCAUUGACGUGUCGCUGGUUUCUGAGCAUGCUCAGUGCAUCUUUCCAGCCUCUGUGGUCAUCAGCAACGUCAGCACAGGAAGCCGGACCAUCCUGCACAUGAACAGGUUCAUCAUGGCUGACUUCUCGCGGUGUUCAGUCGACGCCUCUCAAGUGGUUUGGCAGCUGGAAGGUCGGACUCCGUGUGCAUGUUGUUUGGUCUGUCCGUCCAGUGGGACUCGAACCGUCAUUCUCUCUGAUACGAACCUUCCUGAUGUCACAGCGGAGGAUUUCUCCGAAGUGGACCUCAGUCAGUUCAGGUGGAUUCACUGGGAGGGUCGGAACGCUGACGAACAGGUGAAGAUGAUCCAGCAGGUGGCGACGUACAACAGCAGGUUGCCACAGCAACAGAGGAUCACCGUCUCUGUGGAGAUUGAGAAGACCAGAGAGCUGCUGUACCAGCUGUUUCCACACGGCGACGUGGUGUUUGUCAGUAAAGACGUCGCUCGGCAUUUUGGCUUCCAGUCGGCUGAAGCUGCUCUCAGAGGAUUCUACCCUCAAGUGAGACAGGGGGCUGUCCUGAUCUGUGCCUGGGCAGAAAAAGGAGCGUCUGCUUUAGGUCCUGAUGGUUUUUUCCAUUCAGACGCUUUUCCUCCACCAAGUCUGGUCGACACUCUGGGAGCCGGAGACACUUUCAACGCUGCAGUGAUCUACAGGCUGUCCCACGGCAGGACUUUACAGGAAGCUCUGACCUUCGGUUGCAGGGUCGCCGGUGCCAAGUGUGGUUUCCAUGGUUACGAUGCCAUUGCCGAAAAGUUUUCUAACAAGUGACCAAAGAGUUAAAAACUGGUUUAUUUUCAGUUUGAGGUUAAAAAAGGAGAAAACAAACAGUAUUUCUUUCAGCACUCAGAUGAAUUUUAUUUAAUUUUCAGUUUGAAAAGUGAACUUUGAUUAAAAAACUGUGACUGAUGUGUUCAUUAACACGAGGAAGAGCUGCACGUUUACAAUGAUUCACCGAUCUGUGAUGCUCACUGCUGAUCAAUAAGUGAUUAAUAGUUCGUUAGCUGGUUGAUCAUUAGUAUGAACUGAUAGUGAAGUGAUGUAUAAUAAACUAAUUAAAGCUGCUAAUUAAAGUUGCUGUGAUGAGGUGAGUUUAAAUUAAGUGACUUUUUGUUAAAAUGUUUUGUUUUUUAACUGAUAAAAAUAAAAUCUGAUCAACAAA